GACGCUUAUCACGAUGAAGGCGCUGUUGUUCUUAACCGUGGUAGCUGUGGCAGUAAGUUAUAGCGAUAGGGUGGAUCUGAGGUAUGGUGGUAGCGAAUACCACUUCUCCUGGCGCCACGACGGAGGCCAGAAGUACCCGUGGGAAGCCGCCAAUAGGUACUGCGCCAGCCUCGGCUACGGAUGGCAGGGCGUCAGCAUCGAGAGCUAUCUGGAAGAUAGGAUCAUCUCCAGCAUCAUUGCACAAGACGAAGUGAAAUACAUCUGGACGGGAGGUUUCCGCAGCGGAUACCAGUGGUAUUGGUCCUCCGGUCUCCCCUUCUACGGUCUCAAUUGGUCCCACACUGGAGCCAACGGAUACCCACAGCCCGACAACCACGAGGACGGCCGCGAGUUCUGCCUGGCGGUCCUCAACAACUUCUACAACGACGGCAUCAGGUGGCACGACGUCGCCUGCUACCACGAGAAGCCCAUCGUGUGCGAACGGCGCGUCGGCUUCUACGGGUGAGGGAGGCACCUGGCGACACCUGGCAGCUGUCUGCAAGUAUUAGAUUGAAAACUCCAAGAAAUAAUUAAAAUUGUGCACAAGAUGUGAUAUAUAUAUAUAUAUAUAUAUAUAUAUAUAUA